UGGCGCCAGCGCCGUCGGGCUGAGAACCGGUGUCCGACUUAGGGCCUGCCGCUAGGCGCAGCGCGGCCGCGCACCAGUCAAGUGACGCUGACGUGCCCGCGUCGUCCCCUUUUCGGCCCCGCCCACCGAGCCCGGCUCAGGUUCUCUCCGCUGCUCUUCUCGGCUGUGUAGGGAUUCGGCUGAUUGUUGCUGAGGGCAUGAAGACAGGGUACUAAUCGAAACAACGAGUUUAGGUCGGAAGUAGUAACAGACGUGGAUGGAAUACCACCAGCCAAAGAUCUUCCAGUGUUAUCCAGCCAUCCAGUUUCUCCAAGUCAACACCAUGGGGGGGCAGCAGAGAUCAAGAAAAGCCAUCUUUCGUUUCCUUCGAUUCUGGAGCUUCAACUAGCAGGAACAGAGGAUUUGGAUUGUCCCAGAACCCAUUUGCUUCACCCAGCUCUGAUGGGCAGAAAGAUGAAAAGAAACUUCUGGAAGGAAUUAUAAAAGAUAUGGAAAUUUGGGAAUCAUCAGGGCAGUGGAUGUUUUCUGUUUAUUCGCCAAUGAAAAAGAAACCUAAUAUUUCAGGUUUUACAGACAUUUCACCAGAGGAGUUGAGGCUUGAAUACCAUAACUUCUUAACCAGCAAUAACUUACAGAGUUAUCUAAAUUCCCUCCAGCAGUUAAUAAAUCAAUGGAGAAGCAGAAUAAAUGAACUGAAGAAUCUAAAUACAUCAACUAACAUAGCCUUGCUCUCAGAUGUAAAGGAUGGAGUAAAUCAAGCAGCACCUGCAUUUGGAUUUGGCAGUACACAAGCAGUAACAUUUGGAUCACCAGGUUUUCCAGUGAAUAACAGAAGCAGUGCUAAUGCUCAGAAUUUUAGUUUUAAACCAAGCUCUGGAUUUGCCUCUGCCCCUUCUGGAAGUCCUUCUGUGUUCGGGAAUCCUCCAGCAUUCGGAGCUGCAUCCUCUGCCAGUUCUGCCAUCACUACUUCUGCUCCAACGUUUGGAUUUGGGAAACCUGCAGUCACAUCUGCUGCUUCAUUUUCUUUCAAAAGUCCUGCAGCUUCUGGUUUUGGAUCACCUGGAUUUUCAGGAUUUCCACCUUUCAUGGCAGCAGGCUCUUUUGGAGCUCCAGGGGCCCCGGCCUUUGGAAGUGGCAGUUCUGUGGCUGGUUUUGGUAGUCUAGGCUCACAUGCUCACACUGCUUUUUCCAAGUCAUCCGGCAACACCCUUGGAAAUAGUAGCAUAUCCACCUCUCUCCCAGUCUCAAAUGGUAGCACCACAACAGAUAAUGAUUUAUUCACACCCAAGGAUCAACUAACAGGAGAAGAACUGGAGCAAUUUCAAUCCAAGAAGUUUACUCUGGGAAAAAUUCCUUUAAAGCCACCACCUACGGCACUUCUAAAUAUUUGAAAGGACAAUUUUAAAUACAGAAAAGAACAUCCCUUAAAAUUGUUUUGAGUGGUUUGUAUAAAAUUGCUUUGAGUGGUUCAAAUAUAUAUGUAUAUAUGUACAUAUAUACUUAUAAGGAAUAUAAGCUUUCAUUAAUAACUUUAGGGGUCUUGAAAUUCAAUACUUUUUUCUAAGUAAGGCAUAAAAAUACUCAGCAAGAGUUUUUUUUUUUAACUUUAAUUAUGAAUGGAAUUGAAAAAAGCUGUCAGUGUGCACUGAAUAAAGUGCUUUUCUCAUUCUAUAUCACUUUACUCUCUUACCCUUUAAAGGUUUACCUUUAAACAUUUUUUUUAGGAAGGAGAUCAUUUCUAAAGCCAUUAGGGGGAAAAAUGCUUAAAUAUUUAGCUUACUUACCAAAUAAACAUCAGUAGCAUGACUAUCCUUCAUGUUAAAGAAAAUUCUCUCAGAGAAAUGACAGUUGUUAAACUUCUUUUUAUUUUUCAGACCUACAAGGCAUUUCUCCUCAUAAUUUUGUUCCCCCUUCAAUUUGACUCUCUCAUGGACCACCAUUUGAGUUUUCUUCAACAAUUUUAGACUGAUUUUUAUCGGGGCCUAACUUUUGUAUAAUUCUAUUUAUUCCACAUAUUAUCCCAUCAAGUUGGCAGAUUGUAGGAGCAAUGGAAAUUGUGGUCUCAUGUGAGUAACAGUGUAUGUAGUGGGAUCAGGAUUCAUCAGCUCUGGUGAGCUUCUGUUAGAAUUCUCAGACAUGUUUUGAUCUCCCUGUUCCCUCAGAUUGAAAGAGUAAAAUCUUGUAUAUAUACAUACAGUUGAUCCAAGAAGCCAAAGACUUGUCAUGAGUUGAGGCUUAUGUGUCAGAGGUCUGUUCUCCUCUCUCAAGCCUACAUAAUGACAUAGUUUGCACUACAGAACAGUUACCUGACACAGAUCUGAGAUUGAGCUGAUUUUUUAAUGUGAAAAUAGAAUCUUUCCUAAUAAAACAUAUGCACCCCAAAUGAUUUUAGUGUUUAUGCAGAGAAUUCAGUCCUCAGAGGAUCCAGAUUCUAUGUUACUUCUUUCGAAGAACUGUAUGACUCCCAGCUAACACUUCUGGAAACUGAAAAUUUGGGAUAGAAUCUGUAGCCAAGGGGUGUAUUUUUGCAACCGUCCUUAGUAUAGAAAGAGUAAAAAGAUUCUAAGUUCCUGCUUUGGUCUCAAGCUCUAAAGAGUUUCCAAUGUUUAUUCCAACUUAUAGUUCACUCCUAGGAUUUUCCUACAUGAUGGAAUAAACCCUAUGCUACCAGGCUUACCAGUCUCCUGUGAGUCCCAGUCAAACUUACCAGUGGCUCAGAGGCUCUAAGGAUGCAAAUUAAGGAUGUAGUGUUUCCAAAUUUGCCUGAUUAUAAGCAUUACAUGAGGUAUUUGUGGGGGUUUUGGUGGGUUUUUUUUUUUUUAAGAUUUUAUUUAUUUGACAGACAGUGAGAGAGGGAACACAAGCAGGGGGAGUGGGAGAGGAAGAAGCAGGCUUCCCGCUGAGCAGGGAACCCGAUGCAGGACUCGAUCCCAGGACUCAGGGAUCAUGACCUGAGCCGAAGGCAGAUGCUUAACAACUGAGCCACCCAGGCACCCAAGGUAUUUGUUAAAUUACAUAUCCAGAAUAAUAUAGCCACUAGGCUAGGCCUGGGGAUGUGUUUUUUACCAAGUGUUUUAUGAGAUUCUAUAAACAAGUUUGGGAAACAGGAGCCUAUCUAGCUGCAUUUAGGCUGCUUAGUAAUAUGUGAUUUGGGAGUUUUGUUGUAAUUGUUGAAGUCUACUUUAUGUGCUUGUGCGUGUGCGCACAUGCACACACACACAACAUGGUGAACUUAGAUCCAAGGUGGUCAAAUAGUGCAGUUGUCAAAAAACACAAAGUGCUAUGGGUUACCCAAAAGUGUGAGAAGCUAAAGCGAAGGAUUUCACAAAGUAGAAACCAGCAGUAUGCAUGCAUACCGUAUCAGGAUGCCAAGAAGGCCUGAACUCCUAGACCUAGCUAAGGGGCUGCAGGGCUUCAGAAAAUCAGAAACAGCUACCAAUGAGGUGGUGGCCAAGUAGACUGGGUUUUAAGACCCUGAGAGGGAGUGGAAGGGGAAAAAGCAACCACAAGAGUAUGUGCCACCAUCUGGAUUUAUUCAGUGAGGCAAGAACCAAUUCUGGGAGAGCUGGUCUAACUGGAAAGCAUACCCCCAAAUAAGCAAAACCGCCUCCCUUAACAGCUGCUGCAACAGUUGUUUACCUAGAAUGGGAGCAAAUGACAGAAUUGCAAACAAGGUUUUAUUACAAGUAAACUGAUUAAGCUAGCUUGGUUCUAACAGCUGAGAGCUGAUUAGAAGAGGAGAGAGAAAACAGCUGAUAUUAACGCUAUUUAAAAGGCAUAACAUGUACACAGUAUUAUUCCUAAGGAUAAAAUAAUCUACUGUCCAGCAACAGGAAAUCUGUUAAUUAUGGUAGAUUCAUAUAUUGGAAUACUAGACAACUUUUCUAAAUGACCUAAAAGAAUAGGGAAUAACUUGGAAAGGCUUUUAUUCUGUAGUCAAUGGGCAAAAGCCUAUUAUAAAAUCCUAAGUACAAUGUGAUCCAAUUUUGGGGGGAAGUGUAUAUUCAUAGGGAAAGGAAAGCCUAAAAGUUAAUAAUAGCUCACAUUUUUUACUGUAAAAAGGCCCCCGCAUAGCAUUAAAUUUACCAUCAUAAUUAUUUUUAAGUGUAUAGUUUAGUAGUGUUAAGUAGUGUGUACAACAUUCACAUUGUUGUGUAACAGGUCUCUAGAACUACAGAACACUGAAACUAUUCCAUUAUUUGUAUGAACCACAUUUUCUUUAUCCAUCUGUUGAUGGAAUUUGGGUUGCUUGCACCUUUUGGCUACUGUAAAUAAUGCUACAGUGAAAAUGGGUGUGCAAAUAUCUCACUGAGAUCCUGCUUUGAAUUCUUUUGGAUAUAUACCUAGAAGUGGGAUUGCUGAGUCAACGGCAGCUCAUGUUUAGUGUGUUGAACGUAUAUGCCACUUUUCAUAGCAGCUGCACCAUUUUACAUUCCUAUCAACAGGGUUCCGAUUUCUCCAUGUUCUCCCCAACACUUAUUUUCUUGUCUUGAUAGUAGCCAUCCUAAUAGGUGUGAGGUGAUACCUUGUUGAUGUGAUUUGCAUUUCUCUUACAAUUAGUGAUGUUAAGCAUCUUUUCAAUUGCUUAUUGGCCAUUUGUAUAUUUUCCUUGGAGAACAGUCUAUUAAAGUCUUUCACCUAUUUUUAA